ACAGUUAUAAUAAGCUCUUUCAGUGAGUGAAGCCCUUUCGGAUUGUGAGUGGAGAGAGCAGCACAUUGUAAUUUGAAAAGAGGAAAUGAAAUCCAGGGGAUGAGAGUGGGUCUGGUGGGAUGUGGGUGGCAGGUUUUGCAAUCACUUCUCAGUAAUCACCAAGUGCUUCAUUUACAGCUUUGUACCAAUGAUUUGUAGAGAAACUAUUUGCCAAUGCCCGGCUCCUGAGCAUUGCAAAAACAGGAGGUGGAGUUCAUUCUGAAGUUGGGAAACAAUUCUACCUCGUGUGGAUCUGUGAGCAACACGGAGACGUGGAACUUCACAGACAAUGUACUUUAAUUCCUUACAACUUUGCGGCUUCCUCCUCUGAAAGAAAACCGGCAGAUUGUUUAGACUGCAUCUUGUCACAGUUGAGCAGAAAGGGGCAGCUCUAACACAGAAUUAAGAAGGCAGCGUCUCAUGGUGACAUGUUAGAAUGGAGGAUCGGCAAAGUCACCAUUCCCUUCCUCUGGAAGAUCAGAACAACUUCCUUUACAACGCAGGCUCGGGGUAUCAGCAGGAUGUUCAGCGACAUUCACCCACGUACACUUAUCGCAGUCGAUUGGCAGACUUCCGUAUCGAGAAGAAGAUCGGCAGGGGCCAGUUCAGUGAAGUCUAUCGGGCAAUUUACCUUCACAAUGGAAAGGCAGUGGCAUUGAAGAAAGUCCAGGUAUUUGAAAUGAUGGACGCCAAGGCAAGACAAGACUGCAUCAACGAGAUCGACCUUCUAAAGCAAUUGAAUCACCCCAACAUAAUUAAGUACUUGGACUCCUUCAUUGAGGACAAUGAGCUGAAUAUUGCUCUGGAACUGGCAGAUGCAGGCGAUCUCUCGCAGAUGAUUAAGUACUUCAAAAAGCAAAAGCGGCUAAUUCCAGAAAGAACAAUAUGGAAAUAUUUUGUGCAGCUGUGCAGCGCAGUUGAACACAUGCACUCCCGAAGGGUGAUGCACAGAGACAUCAAGCCAGCGAACGUGUUCAUCACGGCCACGGGAGCGGUGAAGCUCGGUGACCUUGGUCUCGGCCGGUUCUUCAGUUCCAAGACCACAGCGGCGCACUCCUUGGUCGGAACACCGUACUACAUGUCUCCGGAGAGAAUACAUGAAAAUGGUUACAACUUCAAAUCCGAUAUCUGGUCGCUCGGCUGUUUAUUGUACGAGAUGGCCGCCCUCCAGAGCCCAUUUUAUGGAGAUAAAAUGAAUCUCUUUUCUCUCUGUAAAAAGAUCGAGCAAUGUGACUACCCGCCUCUUCCAGCAGAGCACUUCUCCGAGAAGCUACGAGAGUUGGUGAUCAUGUGCAUCAACCCCGAGCCUGAUCUUCGACCAGAUAUCAGCUUCAUGCAUCAAAUCGCUAAGCAGAUGCAUGGUUGGACAGCAAGCACCUGAACUCCGAGCCUGCGGAAGUCUACCUGAGAACAAUUACGGCACACCCCUGCUUGAGGUUUGUUUUAAAGAAACAAAAUAAGCACCAGUGAAGAUCUCAAUGGAGAAAGCACCAUCAGUGGAAUGUGAUUGACCCAUUUUGGAAUUAAGUGGCACUGUAAGGACUGUUAGAGUAGAUUUUAGCAACUGUAGAAUGGUUAAGUUCUGUCACUUGAUCAAAAGGAAUGAUAUAGCCUCCGUGCUCCUGCGUUACAUUUUCAAAAUGUAUUUAUAGAUACGCUUUCUGAUUUCUUACUCUUGUUUCUGUCUACAAAUUUCAAUGCAGUAAAUUUAAAUAAUGUUCAAUAGUUUUGUAAAACUGAAUUCAGUACACAUUACAAUCUUGGACAAGCUACUAUCAAUGUGAUAUCAUAAGAAAUCAAAGCAGUGGGUCACAUGGCUCCCCCAACAUGGUCUGUCAGAAAUAUCUUUAAACAGACAGAAAUGGUAGACCAAUCUCAUUAAUGCUAGAAAAAUAGUCCUCAUAAGGUUCUUGGUAAAAUACUUUUCCUAAAGGAAUAAUUUAGAAAAAUUACUAUUUUUUCUUUUCACAGUUAUUUAGCGUACUUCCAGGGGAUACACUGUUGUCUUCACUUGUAUGUCAAAUACUCCAGUAGUGGUAUUGUAAGGGAAACUUGCUCUAUUUUCCCUUGUUGUCCUUUGGCACAGUCUAUACAGACUUGGUUUACAGCAUGGAGUCGGACUACGGCGACGUUACAUUUUAACAUUGACUUCCCAAAUUUUCAAAGUAAUCAGUCUUUGACUGAGGUUAGGGUUAGUUGGAGGUCUUUGUAACCAGGAAAGUGAGCAAUAGGGAGAACACUGAGGAGUUGAGAAGGAUUGAAGCCUCGUGCGCCUCUGUGGCCAGAAGAGUAUCUGGCAGACGCACUCAAGUGUCUAAUUUAACUAACCUACUUCUUCCCACUGAACUGUAACUAGACAGAAAAUUCCUCACCCCAUUAUAAAAUUUCUCAGUUAAACAUAAUGAGAAUUAGAAGAAUGAAUUACUGUGAGCAGAAAAGGAGUUGUAUUUAUUGAUAUAUCAUGUUUUGUUCUCCAAGUCAGACUGUUGGCAGCAGAAACAUCCUUCAGCCCUAGUUUUCAAGCUCAGAACAGUGCCUGCUCUUUCCCUGUUUAACAGCUGUCACUCCCAAAUCCAGACUACUAUGCAGUUAUUUUCACAUACAAUGAAUUAAAAAAACACGAAAAAAAAGCAUUUGAAUUCUCAAAACAUGUAGAGCAAUAUCUUGGGUGUAACUCAACAGGAAAUAUUCAGUGAAUUCAAAGACCCAGAGCAAUUUGUCUCAGAUAGACCAGGAGAACGUGUGUUUACAACAUACAGUAACUGUGAUAUUUCAACACUGUCAAUACUGAUUAGCCAGGAGCGGUGUGGCCCUUGCAAUAAUCUGGUCAAUUUACCGACUGUGAAAACCUUGUAAAAUGUGAACGUUUCCUAUGUACUCGGCAAUAUUUGAAUUCUUGAAACUCAUUAAAAAGUAGUGCUGAAGUGUUACGGACAUUCGGAGGUCUGUUGCGUUUCCCUAGGCUUCAUUCCUGGUAUUUGUCCUGCAAGGCAUUGUGAGGGAAUUGAAGGCCAUUUGUUACCAAUUAAUGUGUGAGACUGCACAGGUAAAGGACGACUUCUGGGUCAACAGCCUUGACGUUUCAAAAGGCAGCCAUAUCUUCAAUCCAUACAGGGGGGACCAGUACCCCAAUACAAUGCUUGUGGUUAAGCAAUCAGUUACUUAUGUGUACUGGAUUAUGCUCUGGACCAAAACUGCUUUAAUUAAAGUUAUGCAAGCUUAUAUUAGGAACAUUGUAUACAAUGUAGGGCAAUGACAUAUUCACAAAUAUAGUUGCUUACACUAAAGAGUAAAAUUGCUCCUGCAUCCAUUAUUUUGUUAAGUUGAUGCAUGGAUUUAAAACUGCAUAGCGUUUUCUUUAAAUCAUGUGCUUGCAAGAUUUUGUAAAUGAAUUGUCAACCAUUAAAUCAAUGAUUUGCAGCAGACUAACAGAAUAAAAAAAACCUUUAACUA